AUGUCUGAAUUACCCCUGCAAUUUGUAUGGUGUGAAAACUCGAAAAGCAUUUUCAGACAAACAUUAAAAUCUGCUGAAAUACAACAAAAACUUUAUGAAUUUACAAAGUCAGAUUUUACUAAUGAUUUAAAUGGAGUAAAUAAAUGUGUAUCUGAAUUGCAAAACAUCCUACUUGAUACAUCAAAAAAGUCUUUGAAAAUCAAGAAGAAUAAAUUAAGGAAAAGAGAAAAUGUAGCUCAAAAGAAAUGGUUUGAUAAAGAUGCCGAAUCAAACGACACCAUCUCCGAAAACUCUCUCAUCAAAAACAUAAAGAUCCAACCAACAUUGAGUUAAGAAAUAACUACCAUGAUGCAUUAAAAUCAUACAAAGAAACUCUACAGGUGAAACGCAACCAAUUCCAUCAAAUUAAGAUUGAUGAGUUAGAAAAAGUUAGUGAAAACGACAUAAAUAUUUUCUGGAAGUUACUUAACAAUUCGACAGACGAUCUUGAGAGCGAUAAAAACUCCAAAAAUUCGCCUAAAGAUAGCGAAUGGUUUUCACAUUUUGAACAACUACAUUGCAAACACCAAAUAUCUAAUAAAGAACAUGAAGGAAUCAUUGAAAAUUUGAAACAUAUUGUAAACUCCAAAAAUCUACUCAAUGAACUUGAUACAGAAAUUACAAACGAAGAAAUAUUAAAUGCGGCAAAGAAAAUAAAAACAAAAAAGCUGCAUACUCAGAUAGAAUUAAUAAUGAAAUGA